AUGGAGCCCCCGGCCGAACAGGCCGAUCUCGCCGGCAAGGCCAGACAGGCGUGGCGUUCCGCUAUCAAGUUGCGCAAACUCUUGACGAAACAACUCGAGAAGCUUCCCAAAGAUAACACCUCUGGUGUCGACAUUUCUCAAUUCGAGGCGAUAGAUUCAAUUUUGGAUAAAUUCCGACUUGCAUGUGUCCAGACCAUCUUCCUCGACUUUGAAUAUGCCAUCGCCGAACGCGCCGACCAUAUCUUGUGGACGGUACAUACAUCCAUUAACCACGAAUACCGACGAACUCUUGGCCGCCUUAAGCAUUUGGCUCAGGCUCCCGAGAAGCAGCAGAAGAAUGACAGGCAAACCACCGACAAGCGAAAUGGUGACAAGCAAAAGGCCGACAAACAGAGCCCCUCAAAGCCAAAAGGUGAUAAGCGCAACGUUGAGAAGAGAAAGCUCGGGGAUAAGUACCUCGCUUUCCUAGGCAUUGCUCAGGAGUUCUACAAGGGAUACAUCCAGAGGCUGUCGGCGAGAUAUGACAUCCCGGAGCUGAAGCGUAUUGCCCAGGGCAUCGAAAUCCAGGAAUCAGGGAACAAUGAUAUUAUCAGCCCGGUCCCCGCCCAUAUCUACCACAUGGUCCUUAAGUCCUGCCACUUUACCCUGAUUUGCCUGGGUGACUUGGCCCGCUAUCAGACCCAAGCUGGACUUAGGAAGUCGAGUUAUGGAAUCUCGAUGGCCUAUUACAACUUGGCUUAUGACUUGAAGACGGACUCUGGCUUCGCUUUCCACCAAAUGGGCAUCAUCAGCCUAGAGGAGAACAAGGACCUUGACGUCGUCUAUUACUUCUAUCGAGGUAUCGCUGUUGCAGAUCCUCACCCUAAUGCAAAGCAGAAUCUCGAGUCCAAGUUCAAGACGAUUCUACAACCGGAUAAAACCCCCCCAAGGAAAAAUACUCGAGCCCCCCAGGAUGCCUUCAUCACUUGGUUCGGAAAGCUCCACGCCGUCUUCUAUAAGGGCGAAGUGCUGCCGCAGAGCUCUGAACUGGAGAGAGAAGUGUUGCAUCGGCUUGGCAUGGCGUCAAAGAGCUCUUCCCACACCGAGGUUCUUUUUAAAAUGACGUUGAUAAACAUGUCAGCCUAUCAUGUUGCCUCUCAAAAGUACACUGAAACACCAUCCGUCGUGGCAUCCCGGUUUUGUCAAUACGCCUUGCGCCUGAAUUCCCAGUUCAUUCUGACAUUCAGCAACGUUCUCGAAGUUGAGCUCACAGAUGUCGUAAUUCGCGAGAAUACUGACCCCAAGGCUUCGGCCAUGGCAAAGACGUCUGCUACCAUCGAAUGCCUGCUGCCCCUACUCCGCAUCUAUACUAUGUGGCUCGCUGCGCGUCGCCUUGAAAUCUUUGGGGCAGCGGCGGUUCUUGGCUCAGCCGUCCCUGAGAUGGUCAAGGCCCUUGCAAAAGUAUUCACCCUGCUUUGCACCGAGACAUACACUCAGGAAAACCUGGCUACUUGCCCAUACCUACUGCCGGAGGAUGUGAAAACUCGCGGCCUGCUCCCGCUCUCCCCGGAUCAAGUCCCCGAAGCAUGUCGAUCCUACUUUGGAGAAAACGGAGAUCUGAAGCCUCAUCUGCCGUCGAAGGAAAAGCAGCUCCCGCCAUUUCAAGAAACCUUGGCCAGGAUUCUGGAUAUUCUUCGUUGCGCCUACUUCCUAGCCGAGGACAAUGUCUUUCCCUUGGUGUAUAAAGUGGCACAAAGGGGGCUGGUAUUUGAAUACCAGGAAAAGAAGCCAUCCCGCGAUAUCCCCAUUGAUCUCGGCCAGACUGCAGUGACAGCUAACCUCAUUAUUCCCGAGAUGGGAAGCCAAUUUACGGAUCGGCAGCGCACUGUAUCUGACAGUCAUCGAUCGGCUAGCCGGCCCAUGGUUAACGAUGCUCCAGGCCCGUCCUCCAGCGUCGUCUUGGUAUCUGAGCCUCAACAGCCCGUUGCCGCAGCUGACCAUGCCGAAAACACCGUCAUCAACAUGUUGGCUCCUUUCCUCAAGCCACCGACUCCCCAGCCCUCUCAUCACCUACGUCAUCUCGACGAAUCCUCAUAUGGAAUGCAUUCUGCGACGGCACAUGAAGUUUUCGGGAUGCUUCCGCCCGAGCCAAGCCCUACCCGCUCGAUUCCGUCUGGAAAGUUCGAGCCUCUACCUUGGAACUGGGUUUAUACACCUACACCCCACAGUGCUCAAGAUCCGUCCGUGUCAAUGGCCAGAGAUGCGUUUGACGGCCCGACAGGUAGUCCAAACUACUCGUCGAAAGAACUAGCUCAGAUGGGUGGCGAUCUCGAAGACCCCUUCACCACCCCGGAACAAUCAUUUCAGGCUCCAGUCACCCAUCGGCCCGCCAGCGGAAUGACGGGGAGCCCUCGAGUUGCCUCGACUGCUGAAGAAGCCCACAGAAACAGCUUGCUGCAGUCCUUUACGAAUUCGAGCGCUCCUAGGACAUCCACCUUCAGCCAUUGGGGCCAAAACACCACACGCGUGCCCAGAGAAACUAUGCCUUCGCCCUGGGGUCAUCAGCCUCUGGACGGCCACCACAUGUCCUCGGCGGCAUCGGCGUUCUCUCACCCGAGCAGUCUAUACCAAGGAACUCCCGCCAAUGGAGCAGCCUUUGGUAUGCCAGCACCAAACCACUUCGCUUCGAGCCGCAAUGACCAAGGAUUUGGCCAAGAAAACGGCUCUUCCUCCACCCGACAUUUCCAGAUGGACGACACAACCUCGAGCUACGACGCGGCCAUUCUCCAGGCAGCCUUUUAUAACAACAGGUAG